UGGCGUUUGAACUGGUACACCGUUGUCACUUGCGAAAACAAAAUGGCGGCGCGUAGGGUGGAAACGUGCAGAUUAAGGAGUGGUAGCCUAAUUAGGGGAGCGAAAUCUGAGCGGCUUGUUUUUUUACAUGCUUGCAGAGAUCGUGUUCUUCGAGGGGAAGUGCUUCACAGGCAGGAGGCUGGAGGUGUUUGGAGAAUGUGAUAACUUCCAGGACCGAGGUUUCAUGAACAGGGCGAACUCCAUCCGUGUGGAGAGCGGGGCUUGGGUGUGUUUUGACCAUCCCGAUUUCAAGGGACAGCAGUACAUGCUGGAGAAAGGAGAGUAUCCAGAAUUCCAGCGCUGGAAUGCUCACAAUGAUCACAUGGGCUCCUGCAAGCCAAUCAAAAUGCACGGGGAGCACUACAGGAUGGAGCUUUUUGAGGGUCCGAACUUCACUGGUCAGUGUGUUGAACUGUGUGAUGACUGUCCCUUCCUCCAGAGCACUGGAUUCAGCCAGAACUGCCUCAACUCCAUUAAAGUCUACGGAGACGGAGCUUGGGUCAUGUAUGAAGAGCCGAACUAUCGUGGCCGCAUGUACAUCCUGGAAAGAGGAAACUACUGCUCAUUUAUGGAGUGGCAAGCUGAGAAUCCCAACAUCCAGUCUAUCCGCAAAGUGGUCAAUUAUUUCUAAACUUUUAAAGCAGCAUUGCUCUUAAAGGAAAAUCAAAGAAAUUCUCUAUAUAAGUAUACUGACCCCAAAUAAUAAAUCAAAUAGUCUGAAGUUUAUCUUUGAUUUAUAUUAAUGAUUUACAUAGCUAUGUGCUUUUUAUCUUUAUGGAAUUUCAAUGAUGAAUCAGUUAUUUAAAAAGAAUAUGCAAUUAGCACAGAAAUAUUCUUGUAUGUUUUAUUUUGUAUUUGUACUGAGGCAAUGAGCUGAAAUAAAAGUGAAUUGUGAAAAUACAUUUUUUCUUUUCAGAACAUUCAGUGGCAUUCUGUAAUAAAUACACUGCAAAAAAUGA